AUGGCUCCUCGCACGCGUGCAAAGCACAGACGCAAUAGCACAACCACCUUUCAUCCUUCCGGUGAGGCCCCCUCCAACGAUGUGCGUCUGUCAUCCAACAGCGACAACCUCAAGGGAAACCACGAGUCCAAGGGUAUGAGCCACGCGGCCGAUGAGCCACAAAGCGAGGAAAUGGAGACGCCAGCACCACACUUGUACGCCUCGGUAUUGGGCGAGGAGAUGCUAGUACCACAAACCUACGAUCCUAACACAUACGAUCCCAACGGCCGGAUGCCAUGGACGCCUAAGCCGGAGCCAUAUAGUCCCGAGACCUAUGCGGCUUGGGACCGAAAGCAUUUUGGCGAGGAGUGGUACAACUUGCGAAAGACCAUGCUCGAGGAAAGGAAUAUCUAUCUUGAGCAUGAUCCAGUCUACAAGGAGCGCCAGAGAACCCUACGGAUAAUGGAACACAAGGUCGAAAUGCGGCCGCUCAAGCCACAAUCCGUGUUUAAUGAGGGCUGGAAGCGAUUCAAUCCCGCAUCUCCGACGCCGUCAAAGGACAAUGACGACAGCGAUACCGACCUCAGCGGAUACAACACGUACCCUCUAACCCCCGAGGAGGCCCUCAUCGACGGGGCGAGGUCGCAAAGUGAAAACGAGCUAGGCGACAGGCAAGCCCGCAAGAAGCGGGAAGCAAUGGAAAGCUUUCGCUACGUCGAUCCUGCUCGGUUCUCCCUUGAACAGCGCCACUUUCAAGAUCACAUCGACCUCCCCAAGAAAGGCUGGACGCGUGAGGAGAUUGUUGCCAAGUAUGAAGUUGAUGUGGCCCUGCAUGAAUGGCAAAGGAACAACCCUCCACCCAGAGGAUCUAGUGAUUUCGGUGAGGCAGUCACCCCGGAAGAGGAAGCCGCAUCGGCUAGCUGGCGCCAGGAGUUCGAUAACGCCUGGGUUUGCUUCUACGGAUCGCACACCCCCAAAUUACCAGAGCAUACUAAGGGUUACGGUGUAAUGGAACUCUGGCGCAAAGGUACCCACACUCGUGUCUCCCGCCAGCAACAGCGAGAGGCCCUGCUGUCUGACGCCACGGGCGAUGCUUCAUCACGCAUAGAGGCUGCCGCAGCCGCCAGCAACAGCACCUCGACCAGCGAAAGACGCUCUUACAAAACUCGCAGCGCCUCGCCAUCAGAUCGAAGGCGUCGCCCUCCCGAACGUGACAUGCCCGAGAAGCUCAGAGACAAUACACGGACGCCACCCCAGCACCAAAGGAGGCAAUGCAAGACCUACAAGAAGGAGCGCUCAAGUCGAAGGCAAGCGGGGGAAGCACCUGGGUAUGGGAUGCUAGGAGGAGAAACACGAACCUCCUUACGACAGCUCUUGAACACACGCCGAACAAGUAGCUCAGGCCCUAGCAGCGGCAGGCUGUCUAAGAAGCCAACGGCGGCUGGUAACGUGAAGCUCCAAGGGAUUGUGAAGUCCAGGCAAACGGGGACGGGCUAUCCAAAGAGGCCGGCGAAGGGAUCGAAGGGCUGA